UUCCGUGUCUCCCCUCCCCUUCUCCCACGCGCGUCGCCUCGCCUACCCGACCAGAAUUAAUUUUCUUUCUUUCUCGUAGCAGCGGAGCCGGAGAGGAUUCGAGGUCGACAUGGGCGGCGGCAAUGGCCAGAAGUCCAAGAUGGCCAGGGAGAGGAACAUGGAGAAGAACAAGGGCGCCAAGGGGAGCCAGCUCGAGGCCAACAAGAAGGCCAUGAACAUCCAGUGCAAGGUAUGCAUGCAGACUUUCAUCUGCACUACCUCUGAAACCAAGUGCAAGGAACAUGCUGAGGCGAAGCAUCCCAAGACCGACCUCUUCCAGUGCUUCCCUCAUCUCAAGAAAUAAUGGUGGCGACAUCUGCUCAAUCAAAAAAGAGAGAAGAGAAGCUGCCAUAAUCCACUAGUAUCAUCUUGUAUGCAAUGACUGGUUGCCCUGUCCAUGGGCCUAAACUUUUGUCAGCUGCUGCUGCUGCUGCUUUGGUUGUGUGCCUCAUCUAAUAUGUAACCCUCUAUCAACCUGUUGUGCAACAAUAUUAAUCUUGUGUGGAUUUGCUGUCUGUGUUCAGUGAAUACGUCACUUGCAAAAUUUCACU